AUGAAAGAGCCGGUUGGCGUGUGCGGUCUCAUAACGCCAUGGAACUUUCCGGCAGCUAUGAUAACCCGAAAGAUUGGUCCUGCUCUGGCAGCGGGCUGCACGGUUGUUGCGAAAUCACCGGGUGAAACACCCUUCACAUCUCUUGCUCUCGCUGAACUGGCAGAGCGCGCCGGCAUCCCCAAAGGUGUCAUCAAUGUUAUCAGCGCUAUGGAAAAUACAGUCGAAAUUGGGAACGCCUUGACCUCGAGCCCCACCGUUCGCAAAGUUUCCUUUACUGGUUCUACUAAUGUCGGCAAGCUGCUUAUGAAGCAGUCCGCCGAUACGCUCAAGAAGCUGUCUUUCGAGCUCGGCGGUAAUGCUCCCUUUAUUGUCUUCGAUGACGCAGACCUCGAAAUCGCUGUCAAUGGCGCUAUUGCUUCUAAGUUUCGCAGCUCGGGGCAGACUUGCGUCUGCGCGAACAGGAUCUACAUACAAAAAGGCAUCUACGACAAAUUUGCCUCUGCUUUUACUGAGAAGGUCAAAGGCUUCAAGGUUGGCGGUGGUUACGACGAGGGCGUCACCCAUGGCCCCUUGAUCCACGACCGCGCUGUUAGCAAAGUUGAGGCUCAUGUGAGAGACGCUGAGAAGAAGGGCGGUAAGGUUACUGUUGGUGGCCAGAAGAUGCCCAAGCUCGGGUCAAACUUUUUCGAGCCGACGGUCAUUACGGGUAUGAACAUGGAUAUGCAGCUGGCUUCUGAAGAAACUUUUGGGCCUGUGGCUGGUCUAUUUCCGUUUGAGACGGAGAAAGAAGUCGUGGAUAUGGCGAACAUGGCCGAAGUUGGCUUGGCAGGAUACUUUUUCAGCAACGAUUUGCGUAGAGUUUAUCGGGUUGCUGAGGCUCUGGAGGUGGGGAUGGUGGGUGUCAAUACGGGGUUGAUCAGCGAUCCCGCUGCUCCCUUUGGUGGUGUGAAGCUGAGCGGGUUCGGACGGGAAGGCAGCAAGUACGGUAUCUCCGAGUACCAGAUCACCAAGAUGGUGACGCUGGGUGGUAUGGGACAGCCACUGCAAGGAUCUUGA